GUUAUUUUCAUUGCACGCGCUCAGCAUCGCUGUCAUACGGCGCAACAUUUGUUCCGUUGGCAAUUUUCACCUCGUUCCGUUUCGGUGACUUUACAGUGAAAUAAUAACAGAAACUUUCAUCGUACCGGUAGAAAUGAAGUGCCACUACGAGGUGCUCGGGGUUGCGCGCACGGCAGACGCGGACGAGAUCAAGAAAUCGUACCGCAAGUUGGCACUGCGCUGGCAUCCCGACAAGAACCUCGACAACGCAGAGGAGGCAAACCAACAGUUUCUUCUCGUGCAGGCAGCGUACGAUGUGCUUUCCGACCAUCAGGAACGUGCUUGGUACGAUAACCACCGGGAGCAGAUCAUACGGGGCGGACACACGGACUAUGAAGAUAGCUCGCUGGAUGUGUUCCCCUACUUUACCACCUCUUGCUACAAAGGCUACGGCGACGAGGAGGGAGGCUUUUAUGCAGUGUAUGCCGAGGUUUUCGGCAAGCUAGCUGGCGAAGAGGUGGAAUUUCUUGACACAGAGGAAGAGUUUGAAGCGAUACCAAAGUUUGGUAACUCUCAAUCCGAUUACGAAACGGUGGUACGUGGGUUCUACGGCUACUGGGAGGGGUUUUGUACCAAGAAAAGCUACGCUUGGCUAAAUCCACAUAACGUAGCCGAAAUCCGCGAUCGCCGAAUCCUUAAGGCAAUCGAGAAAGAAAACAAAAAGGUGCAGCAAAAGGCGCGCAAAGAACGCAACGAGGAAAUUCGCAGCCUGGUGAUGUUUGUGAAGAAGCGAGACAAGCGGGUGCAUGCGUACAAAAAGCUGCUGGAGGAGCGAGCCACCCAGAAUCGUUUGAAAUCGGAACAAAAUCGGCUGGAGCAGAUACGCCGCAAUCAGCAGGAAAUCGAGGAGCAGCAGCGUAACUCGUCCAGCUUUUUCAACGAUGCAUACGAGGAGCAGUUGCGAAAAUUGGAAGAAGCGUAUGCCGAAGCGUCAGAGGAAGAGUCGGACGAUGAAGAAGAACAAACGAACGGGCUGGAGGAUGCAAUGGCUGGGCUGAACGUUAGUCAGAAUGAAAACGGCGAGGAGAGCUUCUACGUGGACGACCUGUACUGUGUCGCCUGCGAUAAGAUGUUCAGUAACCGCAGUUCAUACGAAAACCACGAGUCUUCGAAAAAGCACAAGCAAAACGUAGAACUGCUGCGAAGGGAGAUGCGCAAAGAGAUGGAACAGAAUGAAGCGAAAGACUUAGAGGACGUGGAGGAAGAUUUGGACGAAGAGUGCUUAUCAAACGAAGAGCUCGAACCCACUGUGAAGAUGGAGGAGCAAUCGGAGCCGAAACCGACGAAAACGAAGCAACAAAAAAAGAACAAGGGCAAAAAGAAAGCACUAAGUAGCGCUAUACCUGUGAUAAAAUCCUCCGACGACGACGACGAGGAAAACGGUCCCGCACCAACAGAUGGCAUCGAUAUGAUCGGUUUGCGGUUGACGGGUCGUGCAUCGAAUGCCGCCUUGAGCGAAGAUGAUGAUGAUUGGACCGGAGGAGGUGGUAAAAAAUCCAACCGGAAAGGAAAGGCCAAGGGCAAAGGUUCGGAAACGAACCAGAAAGGGAAACCAUCUGCUAAAAAUGCGAAGAAUGAAGCACCAAAAGUAGAACCGGAAGUGGUGGCGACCCCGUCUAAAACUGAAACUAAUCGAGAAUCGAAACCGAUGUCGGACGACGAGAGCGCGGGCCCAACGGAACACGCAUGUGUAACGUGUAAGGAAAAGUUUGGCUCUAAAAAUAAGCUGUUCGACCAUUUGAAAAAAACUGGCCACAGCGUCUUUAUAGACAAGCUGAAAGCAUCGAAAGCGGACGGAGCGAAGGGCAAGCGAAAAAAAGACGGUAAAGCGAAUCGAUUCGAGUAGCACGCGUGAUCUCAACGGCCGGUGUGAAUAAACGAUCGAACGAAUAGCACGGAGCAGUUAUAAGAAACGAGAAAGGCUGCAAAACAGCUUGUAUAUUUAUGUCGAGAGAAAAUAUGGCCUACAAAAAAUGCAUCAAACGAUGCAAAUACUUGGCACUUGCCGGACAAUUCGUGCGAAUGUUUCGAAUCACACUAAAUGCUUACUUACUUACUAACUAGGAUAGUAAAAAUGGUUGUGCACCCGGUUCAAUGGAAGGCACUGAUAUUCGUUUGUAGUAAAACAGAUCACGCGCGAAGUAGAGAGCACCACAAGUCGUACCAUGUGUGCGGGCAUGCCGUCGUUACUGGAUUGUUCGAGUAGAGACUUUUUUCACUGGAGUA